CCAUGCCUUUCCACAUAGUUUAUAACAGCUGUCCGGAUGAUUUUUUUCCAUUAGUUUUACAAGUGCAGUAGUUAAGCUAACGGGUCGGUGGUUAGUAACUAGAUUUCUGCUUCCUGUCUUAUAAACCGGACUAAUUAUCGCGUCUUUCCAGUCUCUAGGCACUCUGGACUACCUCAGAGACAUAUUAAUCAGUAUCGCUGAAGGCUCAGCAAUUACAUCUGAUAGGCUUUUCAUAAUCUUAGGAUUAAUAUCAUUAGGACCACUGGACUUAGGUUUGAGGUGAUGAAGUAGUCUUAAGACAUUAUCUUUCUCAAUAACUACAGUGCUCAUCAACAAGCCAAUACAGUCACAAUAAGUCGUUGGUCGUUCCUCGUUACUGAUAGAAGACACUUUACUGAAAUAAUUCGAUAAAGCAUCAGCUUUUUCAGUAUCAUUUCUUACCAAUAUUAACGGAUUCUCUCGCAUCCUAAGUGGUGGAAUUUCAUCGCUUCUCUGAGUUCUUCGUUUUAUAUACGAGAAUAACCGUUUCGGACCAUAUUUACAAUCCCUAACCAAUUGUUUUUUAUAUAACUGUCUAGUCUUACUUAUUAACGCUUUAAAAGCCUUCCUAAUGUUACAGGAACUGGAUCUGUGCUGUUCUAAGCCAGAAGAGAUGAAUAUUUCUCAGUGCUUUUUUGUGUGUCUAAUAUGUUUCUUGACUUGUUUAGUUAUCCAUGGUGAACGGUUAUUCGGUCUACGUGAUACUAGUCAUGGUAGAGACAAGGACGUAUCUGAACUAAACUUGCCUUUAAAUGUAGACCAUUCGGCUCCAAGUGAUUAGCUAGUAUCUACUGACCAAUCUGUCUUAGCAGAGCACUCCUGAAUGGCUAUGUUAAAUCUCCAUACAUUUAGUUGAGGCUUAACUUGAUUGCAUAUCAUGUCACUAGCUCUAACCAUGAACGACAAAACAGCGUGAUCGUUAUUCACUAACGGUGAAAGAAUAUUUAGGUUGGCAAUAUCCCCAGUCUCAUGAGUGAAUACCAAGUCCAACAGAGAAGAACCUUGGUUUGAGUUUGGAUACAUGCUGUACUAACGCAUGCUCCAUUACUGUUAUCAGGAACCUACUAUCAAAGGAGUUUAUAGAUCCUUCCGUGGUUAUCUCAGUCCAACGAAUAUCAGGUGCAUUAAUGUCUCCUAAUAUCAAGCAUCCGUUAUUUGCACUUCCUAGCUGAAUGUGCUCUAAAAAUAAAAUCAUCAGCUAAGCAGAUUAGGCUGCGAUAGAUGACACCGAGUAUAAACGUACAACAUUCUCUGGUAAGCUCACAGAUAAUGACUUCAGAAGUUCCACUAUCACGGGAUUCGCAAACAGAGGAGCGCAUAUUUAUAUUGUCUACGUAUAAAAGUUGCUUCCAGGUCUCCCUAUUUGGGAGAAACGGCACGAAAACCCCGAAAUUUCCCCAGGUCUGGAAAAGAUUCCAAAGUUUUGUGGAAAUUUUGAGUUUUCCCCAAACAUUUAGGGAUGUCAUUCUUUUUGUCUCGACAUUUGUCGAUGAUCUAGUUCUAUUUAGUGAAGACGCUGACAAAAUGCAGUCUUCUGACCACUGUAAACAACAAUGUAAACAGAUUCGGGAUGCAAUCCUCUCCCUUGAAAUGCAAAAUGUUACUUCAGGAUUGAGUUGCAUCGGCACCUGAACUAAUGAUAAGAAGUGAAGUAGUUGAGCGCGUCGACUGCUUCACUUGGGAGUCUUAUCAGCCUUUGUGGUCUUGUGUGUGACGAAAUCUCUGCACGGAUACAGAAGGCUCGACUAGCUUUUGCCAACUUGUUUCAUUUGUAGCGUAGACGAGAUAUCCGUCCACCAAACAAAGGACGUGUUUACUGCGCAGCAGUUCGCUUUGUUCUACUUUAUGGCUGUGAAACAUGGCCGGUAAGAGUAGAGGAUAUCCGUAGGUUACUAUUAUUUGAUCAUAUGUGUCUUCGAAGCACUUCCCGUAUAUCCUGGGACCAUCGAGUAAGCAACGUAGUUGUUAGGAAACGGGUACUAGGUAAGGGUGGCAAAUCAAUUGAUGAAGUAGUGAAACUUCAACAGUUGAGAUGGCUGGAAUACGUGUUACGUAUGCCCAACCACCGACUGCCUUGACGUGCGAUGCUCAAUGGUAUAGGAGUAGGUUGGAAAAAGGCUAAAGGCGGCCAGACCAAAACAUGGCACAAGUCCAUGAAGUCACUGACAAGUGGACUGAACCAUGUUAGUAGAUGUAGACUACCUGGUUAGGAUCCGCGAGACGAUAGUAACCUAUGGUUAGAGACCUUGAAUGACAUGGCUCGAAAUCGUUUGCAAUGGCGCAGGUGCAUCCAAUCUUUGUGUUCUCCCAUAUUCUUAUAUGAUUUCUUCAUGUCCCUUUCUUUUUGUCUCUUUCCAAAUUUGUUUCACUGGAUUAUACUCCUUGAAUAACAUCUCCAAACCCUAAUCUUUCCGAUUAAUUCCUAUACUUUUACUACCUUUACCACUAUGAGGUUUGAAUCGACAAUUGUAUCUCUGUGCUAAUCGGACAUGGCAGCUUGAGCUGAUAUACGUACUUACGAAGUUCUACUUUGUUGCUGACUGGUUGAUGCACCGCACAUUAAAGUUUUGAUGUAUUGUAUGGAACAGCAAGCUAAGUAAAGUUAGUGUUUGUACAAAAUUCUUUGAAUAGUUCACUAGUUUAUCUUAUUCUAAUUCUUCCCUUUCAUGUAAGUUUUAAACUCGAAUGCACAUAAUUAUCACUGGUUUUGGGCUUUAUGGAAGUUGCGAAUACAAUUCUAGUUCGUUGGCUGUUAAUCGUUUGAGACAAAUUUGGAAUAAAACGUAUACUGAUGCUUUUACUGGUAUAAAACUACACACAAUAGAGAAUGUUCCUGUAACGUAUAAAGCUGUUGACCAAUGCGUUAAUUCUAUCUGGAAAGAAAACCCUGAUUUAGUGAUACAUGUCGGUAUGGACACCAGUGUGACGAUGCCAGUUUUGGAAACUCUGUCAUAUAAUAGUGGUUACGAUAAACCAGAUAUGGAUGGCGCUUAUUGUGGAAAUAAUGGUUGUGUUAAUAUUCAUGGUGAACCAAUCCUUUAUUGUAACAUGAAUUUGAGUAAAGCAUACAGUAAACUAGUGGAUAGUCAUAUUGCUUGUUCGAUUUCAAAUGAUCCAGGCAGGUUUUUAUGUGGCUAUAUAUACUACAAAUCACUGGAAUAUUCACCUGAUCGAGUUGUUUUCAUACAUGUCCCAUGUGCAGCUAGAAUGUCUGUUGAAGAUACUGCUAUUUCACUUCUACAGAUAAUUCGUGAACUAACUGCUUUAAAAGGAGUUAUAAUUCCUUAUACAUUGA